GCGGCGAGGCAACUCCCCGGCAUCCAAAGAUAAAUAUUUUUUGGGGCUAUUCCACCCGCGUCCUCCUCUGCCUCUCCGCACCUCUCGCCGCUCCGCGCCUCCUCCUCCUCCCUCCUCCCCCCCCCACUCGCGGUCGCCUCUCCCGAUAGAUCUGGUGCCAGGGUUCGCGGCGCCGGCGGACGUGCGGGGGGAGGGGUCGACGCGUGCCUGGUAGGCGGAGGGGAGGAUGGGGAAUCCGCGUGGCGGCCUCGACGAGCAGAUCGAGCAGCUCCUGCAGUGCAAGCCACUCGUCGAGCCCGAGUUGAAAGCACUGUGUGAGAAAGCUAAAGAGAUUUUGAUGGAGGAGAGCAAUGUUCAGCCUGUGAGAAGCCCUGUCACGAUAUGUGGUGAUAUUCAUGGUCAGUUUCAUGAUCUUGCGGAAUUAUUCAGAAUUGGUGGGAAGUGUCCUGAUACAAACUACCUAUUUAUGGGAGAUUAUGUGGACCGUGGUUACUAUUCUGUUGAAACUGUAUCGCUUCUGGUAGCUUUGAAAGUUCGUUAUCCGCAUCGGCUUACAAUUCUUAGAGGAAACCACGAGAGCCGGCAGAUCACUCAAGUUUAUGGAUUUUAUGAUGAGUGCCUACGGAAGUAUGGGAGUGCUAAUGUAUGGAAAACCUUCACGGAUCUUUUUGACUAUUUACCGUUGACAGCAUUGGUUGAGUCGGAAAUAUUUUGCCUGCAUGGUGGACUAUCACCAUCCAUCGAGACACUUGAUAAUGUCCGUAGCUUUGACCGUAUCCAAGAAGUCCCUCACGAAGGGCCAAUGUGUGACCUUCUAUGGUCUGAUCCUGAUGAUCGAUGUGGUUGGGGCAUUUCACCGCGUGGUGCCGGAUACACAUUUGGCCAGGAUAUUUCAGAACAGUUUAACCAUACCAAUAGCCUUAAGCUAAUAGCAAGAGCUCAUCAGUUAGUUAUGGAGGGAUUCAACUGGGCACAUGAGCAAAAGGUUGUGACAAUAUUUAGUGCACCUAACUACUGUUACCGUUGCGGUAACAUGGCCUCGAUCUUGGAGGUGGAUGACUGCAGGGAGCAUACUUUCAUCCAGUUUGAGCCUGCCCCAAGGAGAGGGGAGCCUGACGUGACCCGAAGGACGCCCGACUAUUUCUUGUAAAUGUAGCCUAGGCCAUUCCUUUUUGUUUUUAUUUUACGGGAUAGCUUAGGUUAUUCCGACAGCAAACAAAAAAAAAGCGCGUGAUAGCUAGAUGCGCCGUGUUGUCGUGCGGUCAUAAUUUUUUGUUGUUCUGGGUCUCGCUCCGUUUUGAUUCACUCCUUUUGUUGUAAUCUGUCUGCUCAUGCUGGGCUCAGGGGUGUGAAUGUGAUGGAUGAUGCUGGUAAAUCAAAGGCCUCGCGUGGUAGUAA